AUGGAUGGUUUGGGUGAACAUUCUGUGCCUAUUAUUGUAUCAAAGUUAUGUAGCGCCGUUGUAAUUGGACUUUUGGCGCUGGGUGGAUACUUAAUUCCUAAAUUCGUCUCCAAACGUAGCAGACUCUACCAUGAUACGGAUAAAUAUGAGAAGAUCAUUUGUUUAUUCAAUUGUUUUGGUGCUGGAUCCAUCAUGGGCAUGACCUUUUUUCACAUGAUGCCAGAGACCAUUCACUUAUGCAAACAUAGUGGCCUUUUUAUCCAGUUAAAUGACUCAAUAUUUAACAUGUGCUACCCAUUGAUUUUAUGUGGAGCUUCACUAGUACUAUUGGCGGAACAUGUUAUUGCUACUAGGGACUGUCAUCCCUGUCCCGAUUUCUCUAGUGGCGCCACGAAGCAUGAGGAAAGCACAACUACAGUAAAUACCGUCGACCAAAAUAAUAUCAUAGAUGGUUCAAAAUGUACCUCAAUCACUUGCCCAGGACAUGAAUUCACCACAAUAAACCCGCUUUAUGAAAUUGAUUGUCUUGAAGGAGGGAAGAUUGCGGAACCUGCCCCUAUGAGGGUUAACUUACUGGAGAGAAUCAGGAAUAUGUGCAAAUGCAGAGGGUUCUUUUUAGCUAUCGCUUUGGCAUUUCAUUCGAUAUUUGAAGGGGUGGCUCUGGGUUCAAGUGAUAGCCAUGCCCACGUAUGGUUGCUGUUUUUGGGUAUUGCUUCUCACAAAUGGGCAGCAGCCAUGGCACUUUCCAUAUCUUUGUGCAGUGGGAAUAACAAGAAAUCGACCAUUGUAACACUUGUAGCAAUAUUUUGUCUUGCUACGCCGCUGGGUAUAUUUAUAGGGAUGGGCGUUUCAAAAAUUGGUAACAUUUAUGCUGGAAUAAUGAAUGCAUUGGCAGUUGGAACGCUCAUUUACAUUGGUGCUGAAAUAAUUUCACAUGAGUUCAGCGCCACUGGCAUGGGACGCCUCUUCCCCCUAUACCAGUGGCUCACCACGAUCGCAGGAUCCUCGCUAAUGUUAGUUCUUGUCAUUAUUGACUUGUUGUACAUCCCUCACCAUCAUUAA